AUGACGCAGCGCCACGAGCAUCCUCAGACUCUGACACCCCUGUCCACAAGGCCCACAAAAAUGUUUGACAUGUCGUCCGAAAUGCGACGAGACGCGUCCAGAACAGUCACCAGGUAUGGCCGGCUGCAGUUAGCACCGGGUCCUAUCCGUUAUUAG